AUGUGUAAAUAUCUAUUGUCUCCCCAGAAUAAGAACUUGAGAACCGACCCCUCCUCAUAUGGGGUCUUUUGCAAAGGGCUAUCCUGUACUCUCCUCACCUUCUUCGAGCUGGCGUGGCAGCUGCGCAUCAACUUCCCCUCUUUCUAUGUCAUGGGCUCCGUGAUCCUGAAUAUCUGCUUACAGGUACAUAUAUAA